AUGUCUCUGCUCAUCUGGGAGCCGAGAUACAGCGCUUCAAAUUUUUAUGAUUCCUCUUCCUCCUCACCAUCUCUCCCAUCAACUGCUUCGAGUCCAUCGACUGCUUCAUCGACUCGGAUUGUCCAUUCUCUGGUCAUUCAUGUGUCGAAGGGCAGUGCCUUGUGGUUCGUCGUCCAAUUGCUCAUCUCGAUGAUCCUCAACACUGUGAUCCAGAAUGUCCACCUCAUCUCGCAUGCCUCUGGGGACAAUGUGUGGAUGGUCGGAGAAAAUUCCAAGGGCUCAGAGGAUGUUCGAGGGACAGCCAAUGUGGAACAUUCCAAAUUUGCGUUUUUGGAGAGUGUGUUGGUCUUUGAACAUGUCCAUUUUGGGAUUUUUGAAUGA